CAUUGCUGACUGGGAGGAGUCGAUGUCAUUUUGUGUUACAGUUACAGUUCAGGUGCUUCGUUUGGCUAGCAAAGGCAAAGGCAAAGGCAACAAACAAAUCAGGUGAACAAGGAUGACAGGUGUGUGGCAGAUGAGCAAGCAGUUGCUGCUUUGGAUGAUGGGCCAGCCGGAGGAGACGCAGUGCAAAUACGAUUGGCUGGACGAUGAGGAGAACGAUAUGGAGGAGGAAUCAUCGGGCAUUGGCACAGUGAUUGCCAUCUGCAUGGCGCUGGUGGGAUUGGGAUUCGGUGCCUACCUCAUACCCAGUCCGCUGACCCAAGGCACUCGACCCAAUCGUCGCCUGGUUGUUGUCGAGGAGCGAGAACAGCAACAGCAACAGCUACAGCAACAACAGUUGGGACGGGAACGCGAACGUCGCGCAGAGGUAAAGUUAAGAGGAGCAGCGUCGGAUCCUUUUGACAACUGGCAAGAUGUGCUGAUGCCACAUGGCGAGGAAUUCUCGUGGCUACUGCAAGCACAGCAGCACAAUCUGCGCUGCGUCUGCAGCGAUCGCCAGCAGCUGUUGCAGUUGCAACAACAAUUGCUGGUCAGCCUGCAGCUUCAGCAGCCAGCGGAGAUAUUCUACGAUUUUCCCAGCAGCGAUGAAAGUCACGAGGAGGACUUCAAGGAUUUGAAUGACCCCAGCCAAAUCGAUUUGGCUGCAGCUGUGCAAUAAUAGAUGCUUUUUUUUGUUAGCCGCCAAACAAUGUUGCAUUCUCCCAAAAUUUACAGUCAAAGCACUCUCAACAAUUCCAAGCAAAUAAAACACAGAGAGAAACGCGCAACAGUUGUUCAAAAUGUUGAAUAAAGCGAGGGCCAAGCAUUAAUUAUUACGAAAUGCCAUUUGUUGGGAGGUGUUGCCACAUGUUGCAUGUUGCAUGUUGGUUGUGCAACGUUGGGUACCAAAUGCGGGCAAGUCAAGUAUCUACUGCUGUCACUUGCCCACCUUAUAAGGGGAAGUCCACAAAAGCUGUCUUAUUAAGUGACCAAAACCAAACUCAAAUAACUCAAAACGAGGACACGGGGAAAAAAACGUCAAACAGCUCUGACAAUCGAUCAGUUGUAAUAAGUUGUAAUAACCUUUUAGAUAGAGUGACACAACAACCAGCAACUAGUUGAAAUUGCGGCUUAAAGUUGCUUGAUAACAAUUUAACAAACAAUAUUGCAAAUAUGAAUGAAGCUCUCAUAUUUA